GCGCGUGGUGGAGACUGGGUGCUGGUGGUGCUGUGAGCUUGCGUGCCGGUGCUGGGUGCUGGUGCUGGCCGUGCGCGUGGCGGACACAGGGUGCCGGAUUGCUUCAAUUUUCAUAUGAAAGUAUAUAUACGUGCACUAAAAAGACGCAUUGUUUUAAACAAACUCGUUUGUGUAUUAUAUAUAUACACCCACACACACACUUGAAAGAACAUCCGAAGCUAAGUUUGUCUCUAGCAAACCUCUUGUAUUGCAACCAGCCUGAACUGGUUUUGGUGCUCAAACACUCAUGUGGUCAUGUGCAAUGCUUUCGGUUUUUGGCCCUGUGGCAGACCUUCAACACCUGAUUUGGAGGAUUGCUCCUCCGCUUCUGAGGCAUCGAGCUUGAUGCUGCACAGGGCCACCGAUGACUUGCCACAGGAGGGACGCGUGGGCCGCAGUGUGGCACGAAGCAACCCGACCACGAAGGAUCGGCGCACAGCUGUGUCGCCCUUUCGAUCUCUGCCUGAAUUGCAUCCGCAUGAGGUGGAACUUCGAGUCGCUGUCAAGGAUCUUUCCAGAGACGUGGCUCCUGAAAAGUUCAGAUCAAAAGCCAAAAGCGUGGGAGGUUUUGUCUUCGGGCUGUUGGUCUUUCCACAAGGGACCAAAAGCGCUCCGGAGCAUGCCAGAAAGAAUCGGCCAGGAAAGAAAGAUGAUGAAAAGGAUAAAGACAAGGAUAAAGACAAGGAUAAAGACAAGAAAGACGACAAAGACGAUGAGAAAUCCAAGGUGAAUCGAACCAAAAAGGAAAAAGAAAAGGUGAAGGCUGCCCUUUUGAAGGAGGUGCCAAAAGAGAAGGACACCAAAGACGCUGACAAAGAUGACGCGAAGAAGGACAAGAAAGACACCCGGUGGAUCUCUGCCUUUGUUGAAGCACGACCUAGUGAAGACUAUCCUGCACACUGGUUCUUUGAAGACGUGCAGUUCCUCGUGUCUUUGAUCAACUUCCAGGACCUCAAGAAGUCCAUUGUGAAGCACGAUAAGCACACCUUUUCUCCUGUGGAGUCCUCCGAUGGGAAGGCCAUUGACCGUGGCUGGCAUGACUUCGUUCAUUGUGACGAAAAUACCUUGCGCAGCAGUGGCUUUGUGGAUCCAAAGGAUGACACCGUUUGCUUCCGUGCCUCUGUUUACUUGGCGGGUGGCGCGAUGAAGGUGAACUCAAAGACAAAGUCCAGGUACAUGAGCUUGAGCAAAAUUGAUCCUGGACUAAAUGAGAAAGUUCCCAGCUAUUUGAACAGCAUUGUGCAAGUCUGGUACCACCUGGGCUUCUUCAGAAAUGCCAUCUAUUCGGCCUCCAUUACCGGGCAACUCUCUCAACGGAAGUCCACCGUGCUUCCAGCCUUGCGGGAGAUUUUCGUCCGGCUCCAGCACCGCACGCUGCCUGCCUCGUGCUCGCCUCUUUGCAGCGCUUUUGGAAGGAAGGGCUGGUCGAAGAUGUGCAAGGCAGAUCCAGAUUCCUUUUGCACGGAGAUCUUCCAGAGUCUUGGGGCGGAAUUCAUCCCUUCGGCUGACGUGCUCAAGGCAGAGGAGGCCGCAGUGAAGGCUGCAGCAAAGGCCAAAGGCAAAGCAGCCAAGGCCAUUCCUCGUGUGGAAGUGCCACAGGAGAACAGAGCCUUGUGGGAGUCCAUUCAGGAGAUGUUUGAAUUUGAGGUCGAGUGGAUUGCCCAGGCCGUUGAUGGGGGUGAUUUCUCUGAUAGCUCCGUCUAUCAAGGCCCCUGCUUCACUCUGGUGGUGAGAGGCUUUGCUCGCUUGGAGGACACUUUGGAUCACUACUUCUCCCCGAAGGUGAUUGAAGAUGGCGGGCUUCGUGUUCGCACGAUGCGGAAGUUUCGGCGAAUGCCUACGGUGCUCCAGUGGUAUUUGAAGCGGGGUGACUACGACUGCUGCACAGGGCUUUCGGGUGUCACAGACACCUACCUGAGUUUCCCGCGGCAGAUUGACAUGGGCAAGUACUCCGAAGGGGCGGGUCUCUACCAUCUCUAUUCCAUCAUGGUCGAGUGUGACGAUCACUUUCUCUCCUACAUUCGACCGGAGAUGGAAGGUGACCGGGGCCAAUGGUAUCGCUUUGAUGAGAGAGACAGCUCCUGUGCUGUCUCUAACGCCACGGCUGUGGACUCCUCCUUCGGGGGUGAGGAAUGGCUGUGUGUGAACUACUUGUACGGGCCUUCUGCUGUGCUAAAGCGGCCAAGGGAGUCCCGCGCCUGUAUGCUCAUCUAUCUCAAGGACGAGGCCCUGAGCACCUUGCUCCGCGAACCUCGGCUGCCGAAGCUUUGCCCGGAGUUGCACGUGCCCCUGCAGCGGGAUAUGCCACAGGCGGGCUCUGUGGAGUUGGAGGCAGCCAAUCGUGCAGAAGCCGAGCUCCUGGAGGACCUCGACGCGGAACUGAUGGCGGAGGUGCGAAAGAAAAAGGCAAAGCAAAAGAAGAAGCAGAAGGAGAAAGAGCGGAAGAACCAGGCGAAGGCUGAAGAGCCUGAGAAUGCAAACGAUGGCAAGGACGAACCAGAGGAGAGUGAGGAGGAGGAAGAGGAGGAGCCUCCAAAGCAAGACAAACUUGAGGCACCAGCCACUGUCCAGCAAGAAUCCGAUGAAGAAGGAUUUCAGGAGAGCUUUGGUGCUGCUCGCGGAAAGAAAGCUCGAGGUGGCGCCAAAGCGAAAGCAGGUCCACCUGCGGAAAUGAACAAGAGCAGCAAGAAAAAAGAGACUAGCAAUGCAUAUCCUGUGCAAGUGGCUCCAGUGCUGGCUCCUGCACCUGCAAAAGUGAAGCAAAGUCGAGAGGAGAUAAGCUUUGCAGCACCCAAGCUGCAGGAGCCUGAGAGGGAGGAUACCAAAUCGGCCAGCGAAGGCCGUCGUUCUCCACGGAGCAGUGAUGCAGGAAGCACUGCUGGAAGCGUUGCGAAGGGAGCGGGGCGCGCAGAGCCGAAGGCCUUUCAAUCCCAGCCAAUGCAGGCUAAGGCCUCCACCGCGGCUUCGCAGCCCAGCGAGGGCACGCCCAAAGCGGUGGCGAAUGGCCCCAGGCUUAAUGGCAAUGCCCCGCCACCGCGAGUGAAUGGAGCGGUGCCAGCUCCCUCUCAAGCAAAGCCUGUGAAGCAAAGCGAGCCGCAAAAAGCGCCACAAGCCCCACAACCAGGCUCUGGCCCCGGGGCAACUUCCUCUGCCCGGGCUGCCACCGGGUCCACAGCGAGCAUGUCCUCGCUGGCCACGUCGGAUAUGGGCGGAGAAGGUGAGGUGCGACAUCACCCUUCGUCGUCCUCGCGUGCAUGGCCGACUGAUGAUGGUGUGAAGGUCUAUCCUGAGCAACUCAUCACGCCGACAGAGGGCACGCUCGACGAGUAUGCGCAGUUUGUGUGCGCGCUCUGCAAGCUGGUUUCGAGGCACCCGGUGAUGAUGCGCUCAUGCACCCACAUCUUCUGUGGGUGCUGCUUCGGAGACUGGGUUGACAAGACCAAGCCAAAUGUCGUUUGUCCGACAUGCCAGCAGGCAGUGAGACAAACAGAUGUGGUGCGGCUAGAGUCGGCAACAGGACCAGCCUUAUCCUUAUUGCAUCGGCUCUACAGCGGAAUGAAGGUUCGCUGCGUGUAUCACGCGGAGCAGAGGAAUGAGGUGAACCCGGAGGUGGCCAAAGCCAGGGCGAGUAAGCUGAGCUGUCCGUGGAGCGGAGCUUUGCUGGAUUUCACCGUACACCUUGGCAAUUGCCAGGUGCAUGCGGCGGUCAGCAGCGAAAGAAGCUCCCGUACCAGCAGAGGCGCCCAAUCAGUGGCAGCGGCCCCUGCUGCGCCUCAGCAAAUGACUGGUUUGUUCCUGGUCACUUCCAGUUACCAGGAGCAGGACCGCCCCGCUGGCACCCUUGCAGUGCAACGUGGAAGCUGUGUCUUUGUGACACAAUUGGAUGAGGAGACGUCCCAGUGGGCCCUGGGCCAAAUCUACCAGGACUUUACUCCAGUGUCUCCUCAGGGUUGGGUGCCGCGAAUGAUGCUGACCCCAGCGCUUUUCCGUGCGCACAGUGCCUUUGACGCUACGUCCCAACAGGCGCAAAGCUCGCAGUUGCAGCUGCACGUGGGAGAUGUUGUAACAGUGCAGAGUUUGCACAACGGCUGGACCUAUGGAACAAAGACUGCUGGGACAGCUCACGGCGGCCAAGCGGAGUCUGGAUGGUAUCCACAGGCAUGCAUUUCCGAGCAGCCCCUUCCGCUGCUGAGUUGAAAGACUCCCGCUGCAACGAGCGAGCGAAAGCAAUUGCUAGGCUUCAGCAAAGCAGGUG